ACGCGUCACCAGAAAAAGACAAACGUUCACGUGGCAGCAUUGCAUUUGGCCACACCCGGAGCUGGUGGAUCAUGUACAAAGUGCCGCAUGAAGAACAUGCCUUCGACACCACACGCGCAGUCGAUAGGGGCCAAACCGAAUGUAAUGAGCAGAACCUCCCAUGCACGAGUGAAUGUGGUGUAAACUGUCAGUUACUGGCGCAACGUCAUGAGUAUAACAAAGCACUUCUCGGCGCUAGCUUGGAGGUUCGUGAAGAUUGGCGAGGAAGCAGAUGUGACGUCCGUAUUGCGGUGGUCCAGUCAAGCACUUGCGGCUAUUUCCUGUACGGGUCAGGGGAAGACCCCCUCAAAGCGAGGGCACUGGACGUUGUUGAACAACUACUCAGCCGCCACCGCUGCAUCACAGCGAUUGAAUUCAACCACAACUGGACGCUUCGUCCUUCGCUGCUCCAAGCUGUAAAACGUAAUCGCUUUUUGAGAAGUGUCACUUUCUGCGGAACAUUCGAUAAACCUGACUACGUUGCAUUCAUCAUCGAGGUGACGAAGUAUCUCUGGUGGCUCAAGAAUCUUGCCUUUAAGGUUUCGAACUUCGAGAAGGAGUCGUUCGCAAAUGUGUUCACGUUUAAUCACUCACUUCACUUGCACAUGAAUUAUCUGAAUACCCUCGACGUGGCAGAUCUGAUGAUGCCCGACAUUGAAGCUAGGCGACUCGUUUGGGCGCUCAUUGCAAACAAAAGCAUCAAUGACCUCACCGUAGGAAAAUGCGUGUUUUUCUACCACGAUGAAGCCUCCAACGCACUCUUCCGCAGAUACCUCUCCAAGGAAAACUCGACGCUGCGGAAACUUACGCUCAAGUCGCAACACUGUUUUGACAGCAGGUCAUUCCUCAGCCAACUCAUCGACGCGAUCUGCAAGAUUAAUACCCUGGUGGAAUUGAAUGCGGACAUCAUCGUGGUUACCAAUAUAUUCGCCUGUACGGUCGCCCUCUUCGGAAACUUGGUCACCCAAAGCGCCACACUACGCAGCCUGCGGCUACCUUCGACACAAUGCGAAUGCCGUGCGAAAAUGUGCAAUCCCAAUCUCCAGCUUCCCGAUCCCAAAGCUGCGCAAUACAUGGAGCCCUGGCUCACUGCCAUGCGGAAACCAAGAGCGCCGCUCAGCCAGCUCUGCAUCGACUUGCGCACCUUCGGAGAAGCUGAGUGUCACGCAUUCUUCAAUGCAGUCGGGGACAACGACGCACUGAAGUGGGUGGUCGUCGACUCCUUGCCCGACAUCGAAUGGCUCCAUAAGGUCUGUGCAACAAUCCAGGAUCGAGGCCUGAAUGAUCGUGUUGUCAUCAAGGGGCAUUACAUGCACUCCAACACAAACCAGCUACUGAAAUGCCCGCAAGUAAGCUGCGCAACCAUCGGAGGGUGCCAUUUUAUGCGCCUCAGAUAUGUCAACAUGCAGCCAUUUAUCUCUGCUUUAGAAGUGGUCGGUGGCUGCGCGCACGUGACAUCACUGCGGGUAAUAUGCGAUCAUUUCGAUCGUAAUGUUUUCUCCGCCUUGGCGACAAGUAUAAGAGGUCCGUCUGCGCUCAGUGAUGUCGACAUAAGCCUGCGUUACAGUGGCCGCCUUCGUACACAACAGGAGCUUCGGGACGUGCAAGCGGAACUGGCAUCAGCGCUGGCCUCCAACCUCAAACUAGUCCGAGUCAGCGUCCAGGGAUUCGCGCUGUCCGACGAGGACCUGAGCGUGCUCGCCGACGGCGCUGGCAAGAGUAUCUGCCUCACGGAAUUCACCCUGACACCUACAGUAGCCUGUCUGAUGAGAACGAAGUUCAAUGAACAGGAACGAAAAGUGUACGGCUGUUCGGUGCGCAAGUACGAGUCGUGCAUGGGAGUGUCCAACGAGAAGAACAUCGCACUGGCGUCCAUCCUGGAAUCAACCCGUAGGAAUGCCUCCGCCGUAUCGGCCGCUGCACAGUUCGUGUUGGGCGAGCAAGAUUGCGUCGAAGGAGCACGUGACAUUGAACUGAUGCACGACCACCCACGUCUCCUCGAAAUGGUGAUGGAAGGUGCUGACGUCACUAAGGCCAAAGCCACGAAUAUGAUCAGCAGCGCCCUGCGUCGUGUCCACCGCUGUACUCUUGAAGAGUUUAUGAGAAUGGCUGGUGUCGUUAAGGAGAGGGUAGUGUGCAUCGGUCAUCCGGGUACCAGGCUCGCGGACAUUAAUCACGACUGCUGGCUGCACAUCCUUAGUUUCCUGAAGAUAGGGGAUGUUCGGCUAAAUUGAGGCA